AUGGAACGCAAUCAUUAUAUGACUCGAAUACCAAGCGAGGAGCAAUUAAGCAUAAUCAAGAAGGUCAUCCGGGACCACAUGGCGGGAUCGCCUUAUGUGCUUGGUGCAGACGGCAAAUUUUCUGCAAUCGAGAAACCGCAAGGUACUUUGAAGUACUAUUUUGGGAAAGUCGAGGUCUUCGACGAGGAAGGGUACUCGAUAUACGAAACAUCUUGCUGCUAUGGGUUCCCCCGUUCGAAUUGCGCUUGCUUCUCAUGCACAAAUUGCGCCGAAUAUUCGACCACUUCUGCAGCCUGCAUCUUAUGUUGUCCUCUACUGGUCUCAACUGGACUGUGUUCAUUGGGUCUCGAGUUGAGCUUUUUUGGUGACAACAGACUAAGUGGGGCUUGUAUCCACACGAGGAAUUCUGCUUACGGAAGACUAAGUGCAGUUGCCAAUGCUGGUUAUAACGCCUGGCAAAGGAUCCGAGCCCGACGAAACCCAACAGUAGCGCCUGUUUCCUCCGAGAUUCAGCUGCCUUGA